AAGUCAAGGACUCUUGUCAUCAAAAAAGUCGAGGACUAUCGGCCUCUGUGACUAUUGUUUACCAUUGAGAUUCAAUCUCAAAUUGAGAUCGAGAUUCAGAGUGAGAGAGACUCUUGCUUCUAAAGACCACGGAAAGAUGCAUGUACUCUCUGUCCUUACUCCCGUUGCCGGAGGAGUAGUGAGUAAGGUGGCUUUACUUGCUACUGACCAAUUGAGACUCGAAAUCGUCUGCUGUUUCAGCAAAGAGCUAAAUAAACUCAAAGAAUCCUCAAUUCUGAUUGGAAAUAUAAUCCAUGAUGCUGCUCACGAACCUGAAGAUGGGGAUCUGCGGGCAAGGGCCGAGUGGAUGAAGAGGCUGAUAAGCGUAGCUUAUGAUGCAGAAGAUAUCCUGGAUAAAUUUCAAUAUGAAGUUUAUCGGAUCGUUAUAAAGGAGACAAGCCUCGACAAGAAGAUACUCGGCUUCUUCUGCAACAAUCCUCUUGUAUUUCGUCUCAAGAUGGCCCGCAAGAUUUACAAAAUCAACACAUCCUUGGAGGAUCUCAAAAAGGAUGCGGCUGGUGUGGGACUAAUUGUCAGAUCAAAUGGAGGGGCAGCAGCCAGUCAAGGUAUGCAGGACAGGGAAACGACCUCAUUCUUUGAGAAAAAUGAAUUCACCUUCAAAGAUGCAAUCACUGUUGGAAGGGAUCAGGUUGUGUCAGAUAUAAUUGCAACCUUGACCAACUCCAACAAUCAAGAAAAUAUUCUUUCAGUGAUGGCCAUUGUGGGAUUGGGAGGCCUAGGUAAAACAACUUUGGCUCGCUUAAUUACCAACCAACUGAAAGAAGGUGAAAUGGGAAAGCAUUUUGAUACAACGCUCUGGGUGUAUGUAUCUAAUACUUUUCAUGUCAAUUCAAUUUUACAUCGAAUGGUGCAAUUAUGUGGCGUGACAGGAACAGACCCUUCAAAUCGAGAAGCAUUGAUUGGAAGCCUCCAGCAGAAGUUGAAAGAGAAAAGGUAUUUUCUCGUACUUGAUGACGUUUGGAAUGAGGAUGCUAAUAAUUGGAAUGAUUUGAAGAGUUGUUUGUUGCAACUAAAUUCUGCCAAAGGAAGCUCUGUGAUUGUCACCACCCGUAGAUCCAAUGUUGCAUCAAUCAUGGAAACACUUCCUAGGUGGAAUUUAGAAACUUUAUCGGAUGAUGAAUGUUGGUCCAUAUUGAAGGAUAGAGCAUUUGCAGAUCCUAAUGCUCCCAUAGCUUCAGAACUAGAGGAAAUCGGAAGGGACAUUGCCAAAAAGUGUGCUGGUCUUCCAUUGGCGGCAAAGGUUUUGGGAAGCUUGUUGCAUUCUAAGAAAAGUAGGAACGAAUGGUUGUCAAUUCGGGAAAGUCAAAUAUGGCAAUUAUCAUCCGACAAUGAGGAUAGCAGGAUCAUGUCGGUUUUGAAGUUGAGUUUUGACAAUUUGAAAUCACCACUGAAACAAUGUUUUGCAUAUUGUUCCAUGCUCCAGAGAGGUUCCUCAAUUGAAAGAGAUAACUUGAUCCAACUAUGGAUGGCUCAAGGUUUUCUCCAUCCUUCUCAUGGUCACAAAACCAAGCAAGAGAUUGAAAUGGAGGAUAUAGGCAAUAAGUAUUAUGAGACUCUACUGGAGAACUCCUUAUUUCAAGAUGCUACAAAGGAUAAGGAUGGUGUUAUCAUCACCCAAUGCAAGAUGCAUGAUCUUGUGCAUGAUCUUGCAAACGAAGUAUCCAAGUGUGAGAGCUUGACACCAGACUUCACUCAUGAGGAGAAUGAUCAUGAUAUACUUAUUCGACAUGUUGCACGGAUUCCUACUCCAACACUAGAAGAAAUGUCAGAAAGAAGUAUUUCAAGACUGCGAUCACUCUUUUCAAAUGACCCUGUCUCUAAUACCAUUUUCCAAAAGCUUACAAGUUUACGUGUCUUAAGUUUCUCUAGUUAUGAGAUUGAGAAGUUGCCAAAUUUACUCGGCAAGCUGAAGCACUUGAGGUAUCUAGAUUUUUCCAGUACAAACAUUGAAACACUCCCAAAGUCUAUUGGCAAGCUCUAUAACCUCCAAACAUUGAGAUUGCCGCUGGGUCUCAAAGAGUGUCCAAAGGAGAUUCAAAAUUUGAUCAACUUGAGGCAUUUUUAUUUUGGUAAGGAAAUGAAAUUUGAGGCUGGGAGUUUGGGGCGAUUAACUAAUCUCAGAAGAUUGCCUCCCUUUAAUGUGGGUAAGGAGAGAGGUCUUGCAAUCAAGGAGUUGGGUGGGUUGAACCAAUUGAGAGGCCACUUAAUUAUUGAUGGGCUAGAACAUGUUAGGGAUGGAGAAGAAGCAAAGAAGGCUUUCUUAGUGGAGAAGAGUCACUUGAGCAAGGUAACAUUUAAAUGGACAUCCCAGCGACCUAAUGUAAGUGAGAAGGAUGUACUAGAUGGCUUGGAACCUCAUGGUAACUUGCAAAGCUUGAAAAUUAAGAAUUUCACUGGUGCCAGAUUUCCGUCAUGGAUAAUGAGUCUCCAAAAUUUGAAGCAGAUUCGAUUAGUCUACUGCAACAAUAGUGUGGGAGCUGACUUUUAUGGUACUAGUACAACUUUAUUUCCGGCACUGGAAACAUUAGACAUCCGUGCCUGCGAAGAGCUCAUUGAAUGGAUGGAAGCACCGAGGAUAUCAGCUGAAGGAGAAGUCGUGGUAUUUCCCUGCCUUCGAUCAAUGAAAAUUACGGGGUGUAAUAAGCUGAGGCAUUUGCCGCAUGGGCUAGACAGACUCACUCCUCUUGAGACAUUGAGAAUAAAUCAUUGUAACGGCCUAGAGUCGAUUCAGAUCACACACGGCAUCGCAUCUCUCCGUCAAUUGAACAUCUCUAAUUGUUGGAGAUUAUCAAGCCUAGAGGUUGGGCUCGAUUACUGCACCUUUCUUCAGGAGUUGCAUAUAUAUGGUUGCCCUAAUCUAAUGUCAAUUCCAACCACACAUGGCAUGCCGUCUCUCCGGAAAUUGACGAUUAAUGAGUGUGGGGGAUUGUCAAGCCUAGGAAGUGGGCUCAACUACUGCACCUCUCUUCAGGAAUUGGAGAUUGAGAGAUGUCAGAAUCUAACAUCAAUUCCAAUCACACAGGGCAUCACAUCUCUCCGGAGCUUGACGAUUGUUUCUUGUCAGAGAUUAUUAAGCCUACCGAGUGGGCUCCAAUUCUGCACCUCUCUUCAGCAUCUGGAAAUUGGUCUGUUCUGGAAGGAGCUGGACGCCUUCCCUGAUUUUCAGCUUCCUCCACCACAUGAUUCACAACUUGAAGACUUAAAGCUGACAGGGUGGCCUAAGCUCAAGUCUCUGCCCCAACAAAUUCAGCACUUGACAUGUUUAAAAGAACUCUGGAUAAGUUAUUUUGAGGGACUAGAGGCUCUUCCUGAGUGGUUGGGAAAUCUUACAUCUCUUGAGUCUCUGAGAAUCUCAUACUGUGAGAAUCUCAAGUAUCUACCUACACAAAAUUCUAUGAAAAACCUCAACAAAUUGAAGACGCUCUACAUUGAUGAUGGAUGUCCCCUGCUCAAAAAAGGAUGCACCAAGGAGACUGGCCCAGAAUGGCCCAAGAUUUCUCACAUUCCAAAAGUUUCCAUCUCAAGAUGGUAAAGCUACGGAUUGCCUGCCUUACUGAACUAGAAUGUCCGGUCACAUUUCAAGAGGAAAAUACAUUAUCAAUUGAUUUCAUUCAGUUUACAAGGCUCUAUCAUAUUUAAUGGGAAGAUCAGAUGAUGCUGAGUGGGUGAAGAUCCAGUCGCAGUAGUUCAAUCACCUUUCCCAUGCCAUGUACGGGUUAUUUGAUAUGUUCCAUUGAAGAUGAGGCAUAGCAUCAGCUCUAUGAAUGAGGAGUAUCCACCUAAAGUGGAAGCUAUGCAAUCAAAAUAUGCACUGAGGACAGCCAACGUGAGUGGCUGACAUCUUAUAUUCCAAAGGUCUGCGUUGAAGCUAUGAGAGACCUCCAUAAACUAGCGCAGAUUCAUGGGGUUCAAGUUCUAAAGGAAACAAGUGCCUUGAGUGUCUGAAAUUUCAGUUGUGCUCGAUGAUUUCCAUUCACGUUCUAAGUUAAACCAGUUCCUAAAAUCAUUGUUAUUUACUUACUACAGUUUUUCCUGGGGCUGGCUUUAUAGUUGUUUUGGCAUAAUUUGUAAUUUCUCACCAGGCCGCAAUAUCUUGUUCAAAUGGAACAACUUAACUGGAUCUGGUGAGAACUAAAUUCAGAUUGUCCCAAGGAUCAAGGAAUUGGAGCACCCAAAUUCGUGAUCUCAGGUUGCUGCUGUUUGUUUGGCUCUUGCAAAGGCUGGUAACUUUGCCCUAUAUUGAAAACAAACUCCAUCUGCAUCUUGGAUAAGCCAUUUAGUCAAGCAUGCAAACAAGCCUUCUAUUAUCUGCGAGCUGUAUGAAGAACCUCCUGUUACAGAUUUCGCAUUUUUGUGCUCUCAUGGUGUUUCUAUGAAAGCUUAACUAAUGGAGCAACAAACGAGUUCUGGAUGAACCAGACAAUUGGGUACCGUGGGCUUGUUUAUGAGUUACUCGUAUAUGUUGUGGAGCUUAUUGUGAGCUUCUCGGCAGUUCUUUUACUUUCGAGUAUCAAGGCAUAUUUUUGGAGAUUUUCAAUUAUCUGUGGCUUGGUAAAAAUGGCAUCAGUUGUGGUGGUCUAAAAUAUUCUUAUGUUCCUCCAGUGUUCGUCUCUUGGUUGUAAAUGUUCAUGGAGAACUGGGAGAUCAAAUGUUUGUGAGCUUUUGGUGUAAUUUGGGUUCUCUGUUGAGAAGGGUUUUGAGAAAAUAUGAGAUUAUUUGACAAAGAACGUGUUAGUGUAUUAUUGCUGUGGAAGUAGCCCAAAUUGGGGUGAGCCACAUUUACCUCUU